AUGACAAACAAACCACAAUGGAAAAAGAUGGAAAAGUCUGAAAAGCCAACGGAAAUUCGUUCUAAGAACAGUUUUUCGAUAGAAAAUAUUUUAUCGCGACCGGAUAACAAUGAAGAUCAAAAGAGAUUUGCACGACAAAAUCCAUUUCAAAAUAAUCAUGUUCUAUUUUAUGCCAAUCAUGUGAAUUGUGCAAGUGAAUUAAAUUCAGACAAAUUAACGACGAGUGGAGAAUCUUCAAAAUUGCAUGACGAUCAUGAAUUAAGUUUGGAUGAGAAUGAUAACGAAGAUCAUGAAACAAACAGUGAAGCAACUUCCGAUGAUGGAACUCUAAGUCUUCAUAGUGAGUGUUGUGGUCAUUUCGUUAAAAUAUUAAAUUAA